AAUUAAUAUCCUUCCCAUCAACACACGACCGGGGGAGGAGGAGGAAUAAGAGGAGAAGGAGGUGAAGAAGGAAUAAUAAUUUGAAAAAAGGGAUUGAUGAGCUAGUGAUGCAAACGAUGAAGAAAACAAAUUCUUGAUAAGGAAGAAAUGGUAGUGAGGAAAGAGUAGAUAAGGUGACGUAGGAGAAAGAGGAAUAGAAGGAUGAGGAGAAAGAGGAGUAGUUGAGAAAGGAGAUUGAUAUGCUAGUGAUGUCAAUAAGGAUAACAAGGAUAGUUGACAAGGAAGGAGUAAGGAAGGAUAAGGAUGAAACUAAGAGUAAGGAAAUGUGGAAGAAAGCGUAGGUGAAGUUAGAAAAGUCUAAGACAAGAUUAAGGAAGAGGUGAGAAUAGAUAGGAGAGCAAGACGACAGUAAACGUAAGGGAAAAGGUGGUAUAGUGAAUGUGGUGGUGAAGGAGAAUGAUAAGACAGAAAGGAAUGGCUGAUAAGAGAGAUGAAUAGUUGUAAAGGACGAUAUACGAGUGAAGAAUGAAAGAUGAAAAAAGAAAGAUAAUACAUAAUUUAUUAUCGGAGUAUAGUAGUGAGGGAGAAUGAUAAGAAAAGGAUGUGGUAAGCUCAAUGAAUUGAGGAGAAAGAGGAUGUAAUGAAGGAGGAGGUGGAAGAAAAUAACGUGAUAGAAAUAACUGUAGAAGAGGUGGAAGAAUGAAUAGAGGAAUAGUAGGAAAAUAGAUCAGAGAUGAGAGAAUAUGUUUGAUAAGGUAAAAGGUAAUAGGGAGGACAGAUAAAGUGAUAGAAAUAACUAUAGUAGAAGUGGGAGAAUGAAUAAAGAGCAGUAAAAGGAAAAUAGAUCAGAAGUGAGAGAAUAUUUUUGAUAUGGUGAUAGGGAGGACGUGGAGAAGAACAAGUGAAGGAGUGAGAAGGGGAGAAAUGAAUAAAAUUGAAUAGGUGUUUGAAGUAAGGAUGAAAAGAAAAGAAGAAGGAACAGAAGGAUCAGGAGUAGAAGUAGAAUGAUGGAGCGAAUGAGAAGGGGAAUGCGAUAUGAAAGAAGAGAAUACAAAAAUGAGAGGGGUGAGAGAAGAUCUUAGGUUAGAAGAGAAGUGUGAAGUGAUAGAUAAGGAGAAACAUGGGGGAGUAUGGAGAUGAUGGAUAAGAAGAAUGGAAUAACAAAAGGAAAAGAGAAAGAGAUGAUAAGAAUGUGAAAUUUAUAUUUAUAUUUGUAAUUCAACUUCAAAAUUGAAUAGGUUGAAAUUUGGUGGAAAAUGAUUAUGAAGAAAAUGUUAAUUUUACCAUUUGAAAGAAGAAGAGGGAGUGGAGAAUGGAAUCAAAAUUAUUAUAAAGACUUUUUGUAACAGUUUUCAAUUACAGAAGUCUUGAAUUCUUGUAGUCAAAGAAGAAGUUGAAGAAGUAGGAAAAUGAAAAACAAGAACAAUAUACAAAAGUCUUGAAUUCUUGGAGUUAAGAAGAAGUAUAAGGAGAAAAAGAAAAAUGAAAAACAAGAACAAUAUAGUGCAGUAGAGAUAGUGGAAGAAACACUAAUAAGCUAAAAAAUAGGAUUCAGAGUCAUUAAGGGAAUACAGUACUAGAAGGUAGAGAAAUUUAGUGGAAACAAAAACUAAGAAGUGAAACAAAUUUAGAGAAAUUAAAGGUAGGUAAAAUUUAGAAGGUAGAGAAAUUUAGUGGAGACAAAAACUAAGAAGUGAAACAAAUUUUGGUGGAGUAGGAGGCUAAGAAGAAGGAAACAAAGAAGAGGAAGAAGAAAUAGACAAUAGAAAACAGUGGUAAGGAAUAGAGAUGGUAGAUACACAAAGAGAUAAGGUAUAUGAUAAUAUCAUAAUAUUAUUAAGAUUCAAUAAAGGAAGACAGUACUAGAACGUAGAGGAAUUUAGCGGAGACAAAAACCAAGAAGCGGAGUAGAUUUUGGUGGGAGUAGGAGAAGGUGAAGAAGAAAACGAAGAAGAAGAAGAGGUGGAAGCAGAAGACAGUAGAGUACAGUAGAGAGACAGUAGAAGAGAAACAGUUUGCAGUGUUGUACGCGGGGAUCCAGUUGUGUGAGCGUGUGAGUAUGUGCGUGCGGGAGUGAUUGUGGGUGGGAGUGUGGGGGGAGGGACAGAUAAGCGCAGAAACAAUGCGCAAAGGACUUCUUUUGUGCCUUGUUCUCGGCGCGCUUACAACUACUGUGUUCUUCCGAGAACAGUAGGUAACCAGAGUUGGUGCUGGUUGUAUCUCCGUUGAGACAACGGCUCUUUGUCGAGAAUUUCCCUCAGGAAAACUGCCGAGUUUCCCGGGGAAAACUCUUUGUCAUCCGCGUAGAUAUCACGUGCCGCGUUACGGACAAUAACCUGCGUUACGACUGCGUUACACUGCUGUGGCCGAGUUGCAACCUUCAUAACCUCAAAAGUUGUUCGCCGGGGGUCCACGGAGAUCUUCAAGGUUUAUCGGUUGAUAAUGUGAUCAAAUUUGAAUAGUAUUGUGUUUUUAAGAGGUCUGUGUUGAACUUGUGUAAACAAUUAUUAUUCUAUCCUACUACUUACUACAAAGGCAGUUUUAGUAUAGUGUACAAAUCGUGGGUAAGGAAUUUCAAUCAUUGUAUGUGUAUGGGUGAUAUAUUUUGACUGAUAACAACUUCUAUUACUACUUCAAUAGAUAAUCUAUAGAAUAAUUGUGUACUGGAGAUCACUGAGCUUCAUUCAAGAUUUAUCGCUCAAAAUUGUGCGUUUGAAAUGUAAGAAACUUAGCCACACUUUUACUACACCAAGGUAUUUGUAGUCUAGUUAUUUUUGACUGGAAUUGGACAUCUUUGAAGGAGAUAUUCUUGUUAAAUAGUGAUUGUGUCAUAGAUUUAUUUGAGUAUACUUUUGCUACGGUAAAGUAUGUUUACUGAAGACAAGAUUGUCAUAGGCUUCAAAAAGUUAUAAUUUUUGUGAAAUCUGGAGAUUAAUGUGGACAAUAGUGUAUCAAAAGAAUUGGAAUUGUUUACUGGUCAAGAACUGUGAGUGAAUUACUUUGAAGUUACAGGUUUCUUGAGGAAAUUUGGGGAUUGUUACAAGGAGACAUUUUUUAAAAAUAAGUAAUUAUUUGGAAGUAUUGUGCUGUAGGUUUACCAGAGUGGUAAAAGUUUUAAUUUCUUGGAGGAUCGUGAAAUCGGUUGUGGUAAAAUAGCACAUUCAAAUUUACCAAACAUUCAAAAUGUAUCACGAUAAUUAAGUUUUGUUGAGAAACAAAUUCUACUCAGUGUAAAAUUGGAGAAAUUUCCAACAAAAUUUGAGUAGUCCGAAAACUGUUGAGAAGAGUGAACUUUGCCAAUAUUACAAUACAGUAUUCUGUUUAACUUCAUACAAAGUUUGUGCAAAAUAUGGUGACAUUUUCAUAUACUUCUAAAUAAAUAUUUAUGUAGGAUUCUAAGAUCAAAAUCCGAAGUGUGACAACUGUUGGAAGGUUUUUGAUAAGAUCUCAAGAUUAGGAUUUAAUCGGACAAAGAUAUUGUGAUUGUGAGAGUGAGGUAGUAGACUACUAACACGACAUUUCAUAAAACGUAGGAUCUAAGAUCAAAAUUUGAAGUGUGACAACUGUUGAAACUGAAGGUUAUUGAUAAGAUCUCAAGAUUAGGAUUCAAUCGGACUAAGAUAUUGUGAUUGUGAGAGUGAGGAAGUAGACUACUAACGUUUCAAAAAACGUAGGAUUUUUGUGUAGAAAAGUUUGAAUUCCCACGGAUUUAUUGUAACUUAUACCCUUCUACGUAGAAAUCUACAGCUUCAUACGGAAGAGGAACAGAAAAUAGUCGACGGAAGGAAAUAGAAGAAGAGGAAGAUGGAACGUGAGAAUUUCGGGACCGAAACUGCGCUGAAGCAGAGGAAGUAAUCUUCAAUUGCAUACCGAACAAUGUCCUCAAAACGGAAGUCUCCACCAUCCAAACUACAAGAAGGAGGCUCCCAGGGUGCUGGCGACGGAAUGGGAGGCCUAGGCGCUGAAGACGAUGACAUCAUCAACAACACUUCCCCUUCUCCACUGCUAGGAGGCGUGGCCAACAGUCGAGUGGAGGGAGAAACCGGUUAUGGCUCCUCCCCUUCGUCCUCUGCCGCUUCAUCGGUCGGCUCACCGUACGCGGCCAGUGGUGGGGAUGACAAUGUAGAAGAUGCACCUGCAGAAACGCGCCCCGAAGAGUGUGAGGACCUCAGGACUGUGCCCACACCUAGUAACGAUAUUCUAUUAUCUUCUAGUAUUGCAAAUACAUUAACUACAACCUCCCCUCCACCUAGUAAACGGAAAAGGUACCCCGAUAACAACGAACCCCCUCAAAUUAACCAUCAUUAUUUAGACCACAGUUUACACCCCCUUUUGCAAGAACACCAUCAUCAACAAUUGCUUCAAUUGAGUCAUCAGUAUCAUCAACACCAUCAAGAGAACAAUCAUCAUCAUCAUCAUAGUGAGGAGAAGCAAAUGCAUAAUAGUGGGGGAAAUGCCACUAUGCAUCUGAACAAUAAUAGCACAACACUGAAUCACAAUAAUUCGGUGGGGAGUGGGGGUAAACGAACCAUGGACGAUGUGUUGAAACGGUUGACAUCGAAAAUGAACAAUAGCACCAUCAGGGAAGAGAAGAGGCCGCAUUCUCCAUCCAAAACACAAAGCGGAGCCCUGGAUAACGGCGAAGCAAGCCUACUCCACCUGCAGGCGUUGGCAGCUGGGGGUGAAUCGUUCCUGGAGAAAGAGAGACGGCUGUCGGAGAUGAUUCUGCAGCUGCAGCUGUUCAGGGAGCAGCUACUGACAGAGCAGGAACAGCACAAUAAGAUAUUUGCCAAUGAGACUCAGAAACAUCUAGAACUGCAGCAGAGGAUACAGCACGAACAUAUCAAGAGGCAACAGGAACACCUUUUACAACAACAGCAACACAAAAUACAAGAACUCCAGGUAAUUUAACUUCAAUUAUCAAUAUUUUCAUUCAAUCUUCUGUUUUCCAUGAUGUGAAACAGAAUAUUAAAUUUCUUAUUCUGUUGAUCAUUUCUUAAAUUUAUUAAUCGACUGCAUGUC